GAGCGUCCCCCCGGGCAGCGGGCAUCCCCCCGGGCAGCGGGCACCCUGGGCAGCGGGCACGAUGGGACCAAGCGUCCCCGUACUGAGCAUCCCCCCAGGCAGUGGGCGUCCCGGUACCGAGCAUCCUGGUACCAAGCAUCCCCGUACCGAACGUCCCCGUACUGAGCAUCCCCCGGGCAGCGGGCACCCUGGGCAGCGGGCACCCUGGGACCGAGCAUCCCGGUACCGAGCAUGCCGGUACCGAGUGCCCCCUGGGCAGUGGGCAUCCCGGUACUGAGCAUCCCUCUGGGCAGCGGGCAGAACGGGACCAAGCAUCCCCGUACUGAGCAUUCCCCCGGGCAGUGGGCGUCCCGGUACCGAGCAUCCCGGUACCGAGCACCCCCGUACCGAGCAUCCCCGUACUGAGCAUCCCCCCUGGGCAGCGGGUGUCCUGGUACCAAGCAUCCCCGUACCGAGUAUCCCAGUACCAAGGGUCCCUGUACCAAGCGCCACCCCGGACAGUGGGCAUCCCAGUACUGAGCCUCCCCGUAUCGAGCAUCCCAGUUCUGAACCCCCCCGCCCCCGGGCAGCGGGUGUCCCAGUACUGGGCACUCCUCCAGGGCAUGGGCAUCCUGACACAGAGCAUCCCCCCCCCUUGGGCACCGGGAGUCCCCGCAUUGAGCAUCCUCCCUGGGCACGGGUGUCCCGGCACCAAGCACCCCCAAACCGAGGGUCCUGGUCCCAAGCAUCCCCCCCAGGCAGCCCGAGGAGGGGACAGGGGCACCCCGGUACCAGCGGGCAGCGCGGCACAGCACCGGGUUCCGCAUGGGUGCUGGCCCCGGGGGUCUGGCGGCGCCGGUGUCCCCACUGUGCCCCUGUCCCUGUCCCCAGACUGCAGCUUCACCUGCCACUACCGGUGCCGGGCCCUGGUGCGGCUGGACUGCAGCGGCCCCCUGGGCACCGGGGACGAGGACGAUGGCACCGAGCAGGAGCUGGAGAAGGACACGAAUGUGGAUGAGCCCAGCGGCUGGGACACGGCGGAGCUGGACCCGGCGCAGGUGGAGCAGCGCAUCAAGGAGUACAACAGCCAGAUCAACAGCAACCUCUUCAUGAGCCUGAACAAGGACGGCUCCUACACCGGCUUCAUCAAGGUGCAGCUGAAGCUGGCGCGCCCCGUCUCCGUGCCAGCUGUCAAGCGGGGUCCCGGAGGGCGGCCGGGGCAGCGCGGUCCGGGGGUGAAGCGCCGCACCUCCUUCUACCUGCCCCGCGGCACCGUCAAGCACCUGCACGUCCUCUCGCACACCCGUGCCAGCGAGGUCAUCAGCGCCCUGCUCAGGAAGUUCACCGUGGUGGACGACCCCCGCAAGUUCGCCCUCUUCGAGAGGUCCGAGAAGGAUGAGCAAGUGUACCUGCGCAAGCUGUCCGACGAGGAGCAGCCGCUGCGGCUGCGCCUGCUGGCCGGCCCCAGCGAGAAGGCGCUGAGCUUCGUGCUGAAGGAGAACGACACCGGGGAGGUGAACUGGGACGCCUUCACGCUGCCCGAGCUGCACAACUUCCUGCGCAUCCUGCAGCGCGAGGAGGACGAGCAGGUGCGACGCGUCCGCCACCGCUACGCCCGCUGCCGCCGCGAGAUGCAGGAGGCCCUGGCCACGCGCACGCCGCGGUGACCGCCGCCGCCGCCACGACGGACGCCUGCCGGCGGGGGGACGUCGCUGGGGCUGGGCGGGGGGGGGGGGGGGGGGGG